UAAACCUAAUCGUCUGCAGUUUUACCUGCAGUAACGGUUAUAGUUAGUUGGUUGCAACUAUAACAAGGUGAAGUUCUUUUUCUCUGCGGUCAUUGUUAGCGAUUUACCUCGAAGUAAGGUUCUUUCUUCCAUUUGAUAAUCGACUAGUGGCCAUUUUACACCGCGUCUUCAGCACUAAACGCUCGCGCGAAAUUUCACUCAUGAUGACCGCCCUAGUUUUACUGCUCUUCGUUUCACUGGCUUUCAUCGAUUCCUUUGCCACGGAAUUGAGAAUGAUUCAGGUGAUAUUUCGGCACGGUGAUCGGGCACCUACAACCACGGUCGCAAAAAUUUACCCCUUGGAUCCUUACGCGAACGAAACUUGGUACCCAGAAGGUUGGGGUGGCCUGACAAACGUCGGGAAACGCCGGGCCUAUGAACUUGGCCUAUUUUUAAGAUCAAGAUACGGCGACUGGCUAGGGAAUGAAUACUUGAAUCAAACGAGCCAAUUUCGAAGCAGCAAUGUCGACAGAGUCAUCAUGUCCACUCAGCUUUUGGCUGCCGGACUUUAUCCACCGGACAAACUUCAAAGGUGGAAUCGGAUGCUGGACUGGCAGCCGAUACCGGUGCACCUUAUUUCAGACUCGAAAAACAUUCUCUACAAGCUCAAAUUCACGUGUCCUAAGUACAAAGCGAUACGAAACGAGCUCGAAAACACGGACGAAUAUUUGGUACGACGGGCCGAAAAUUUGACCGAUUUUUUUCGAUUCUUGAGCAAAAACGUCGGCACGAAGGUCGGGCAGCAGGAAGCCACCGCAAUUUACGAACAACUUUACGCAGAGAUGGGCGAAAACGUCGAGUUGCCCGAAUGGACGAAGGGAAUAUUUCCAAACGGCAAACUCAGGGAUGUUGCCGGUUACGAUUACGUCAUUCAGUCUUACAACGAGUCGAUGAUCCAGUUGAACGGAGGUAGACACGUCAAACAUGCAAUUCUUCCUAGUGUUUCCGCUACUUUGAGCGUAACUCGCGUAUUUUCAGGCCAGUGGAUUCGCGAAUGGUUGAAGAACGUGGAUGACUAUUUGGACGGGUCGUCGCAGAGCGAAAAUCACAUUGGAUUUUAUUAUGGCGGUCACGAAUACAACGUAGCCGCAAUUCUGGCUGCUCUGGGAGUCUUCGAACCUCACGUUCCGUAUUACAGCAGCGCCGUGAUAUUCGAGCUUUCCAAAAUCGACGAUGAAUAUUUCGUCAAGGUCCUCUACAGAAACAGGGGUAAUCUUAGGAAAAUCCGUCUUCCGAAUUGCCAGAGUUUCGAUUGCCCUUUGGUUACGUUUCGCGAAUUAUAUUCCGACGUGAUUCUCGAUGAUCCGUAUGCCUUUUGUUAACAGGUUAACGAAAUUCUUCCUGGAUUAAAAAAUCUACACUUUU